AUGAAUUCGUAAAAAGUAUCAAAAAUAACAUGUUUUGGAGCAGGUUAUGUAGGAGGACCUACAAUGGCCGUUUUUUCAAAAUACCAUUAAGAAAUAAAAUUCAUAGUAUACGAUGUGAACGAAUCUAUAAUAAAAUAAUGGUAAUUUGAUUAAUAAUUACCAGUAUUCGAAUUAGGUUUAAGUGAAAUAAUAAAAUAAUAAUUAUGCAAGAAUUUGUUUUUCACAUCAGAUUUAAACGAAGCUUUAUAAAACACAGACAUAAUUUUUAUCGCUGUUAGUACCCCUACAAAAGAAAAAGGCCGCGGAGCUGGUAAAAGUCUCGAUUUACGAUACUUAGAAGAAAGUGAUAUUUUAGGAUUAUGCUAUUUAUGUGAAUUUUUAGGAUUAAAGGAAACUUAAGAAUAUUGGUUUUAAGUAUUAAAAUUAAACGAAUAUUAAAAACAAAGAUUUACUGAUACUAUAAUUGAAAAAAUGUAUAAUAAUGUUUCGAAUAAAAUCCUGACUAUUUUUGGUGUUGCUUUUAAAAAAAAUACUAAUGAUGUUAGAGAAAGCGCUUCUAUAUCUGUAUGCUCUAAUCUAUUAAUAAACGGUGCUAUAUUAAAUAUAUAUGACCCUUAGGUCUAAAAAAAUGCUUUUAUAAAUGAAAUGUAGAAUUAAAAUUUAUAUACAGAAGAUUAUUUUUAAAAAAUAAACUUUUUUAACCAAGACUAUCUAAAAUCUGUUGAAAGUUCGCAUUGUAUAGUUAUUUUAACUGAAUGGGAUGAAUUCAAAACUUUCGAAUAUUCCUAAAUGUUUUUAAAAAUGAAAAGGCCUACUUAUAUUUUUGAUGGAAGGAAUCUUUUAGAUUAAGAUAAAAUAGAAUAAAUUGGUUUUGCAUAUGUAAAGCUAGGUUGA